CACACGUCAGUGAGCACAAAGCGAUAAAAAUGAUUACGCCGCGAUUGUUAGCGGUCUUCGCCGUUCUUGCUUGUGUGUCCGCGCUACCGACCACAGAUAAGCCGGUGCCGCGACCCGUCACGACAAUUACCGACGAAGACUUCGACGACUCACCAUGGUUCAGCUUCCCGCUAUUCGGUAACUUGUUCGCUCCUCUCUGGAGGCUCCUCCCCAGUUUCGGCGAAAUUGGCCCUAAAAUUGUCACAGACAAAGAUAAGUUCCAAGUUAUUGUCAACGUCAAGGAUUACAAAAAGGACGACUUGAAAGUAAAGGUUAAGGGAGACUUCGUCUUCGUGCAGGGAUCGCACGAAGCUAAGCAAGAUGACCAUGACAUUUUUGCCAGCCAGUUCUUCCAUACGUACGCGUUGCCAGCGAACUCCAGCGGCGCUGAUGUGUCCGCUGAAAUUUCAAGCGACGGAUUCCUCAUCGUCGGCGCUCCUUUACGCUCUGCACCUGUAGAAAAGUCAAAGGACGUCGACCGUGAAGUUCCGAUUGUUGAGACUGGACGUCCUUACAAGCGUGAGAACGAGUCAACUACGAUCACUUCUACGGCAAAUGAGGAAAAGACGACUACGACUCAAGGCAAGACGACACUGGUCACAAAGCCGACGACCCUCGUGGAAUCUGAUGACGACCGAAAGGAGCCGACAACGCCGUCGUCCGACCGGGAGGAAGUCACUGAAAAGGACAACAACAUUUAUCACGGGAACGAGAUCCUGUGAAGUGAUAUAUUAGAUUAAGUA